CCUAAAUAAAGAGUAAAAAGCGACAGGAGGAAAUGAAAAUCCUGAGGAAAUGGCCGGAAAACCCCACCCCACCUCGCUCCGCUCCAUAGAAUACGACGCCGGCCGAGCGGCCGCACCGCAGCGCACAACGCAGCCCGCCCGCCGCCUCAAAACCUCAGACACAAGCUGCUUCUUUCCCUCCCCAUUAAUCCUCCCCCUCUUGCGCUUCCCCUUCCCCAUCAGUCUCGCCGCCAUUUCCCCUAGCCUGCUGCUGCUGCUGCUUCCCCAAACCCAAGCCUUCGAUUCGCCCGCCCGGGCUCUCGAGCCAGCCUUCCGCGCCGUCGUGGUUGCCUCGCUUGGCGCAGCUAGCCAUGGAUGAGGUCCCUGCCACCGCCGCCGUCCUCGACUUCCGACCCGGCUCGUCUCCACCACGCGUCUCCGCCGUCGCGCGCCGUGCCGCGGAGUGCUCCCCCGACACCGGCGGUGCAGACGAGGCGACGGGAGGUCCAGGUUUCGGGAACACAGCCGCCGUUUCGGCGGAGUUGACGGGGUCAAAUUCGGCCGGUCCCGAUAUCCAGGCUGUGGAUUGCGAUACAUCGGGAGGCCUUGCUGGCGGUGACGCUGGGGGCGUUGAGGUUUUGUGCUUAGAGAAUGCUGCGGAGCUUGAAUUGGUGGAACCAGGUGUUUUGGACGUGAGAUUAGGAGCUCCAGUGGAGGAGCGCCAUGACCGGACGUUGGAUAGUACGGGAUUGGGCUCUGAUGAAGCUGGUGAGACCAAUGGGAUUUCACUGGUUGAGGUGUCCCAGUCAGGUUCCACUUCAAGCUUAGAUGCCACUGGAUCGACUGGUGGCUACUCCCUCGUGGAGGGGUCUCUGCCAGAGGCGAGUUGUGGUGCCCAAAGAUGUGAACCUGAGGUCCAUGAAGUACCAACAGGGUCCCCUGCUACUGUGGGGUUCCCGAGUGAGGAUGGAGGCUCUGGAUUUGGAAUUGAGCUGAAUGAUGAUGUGGAUGGCAGAAACGGCCUUGCCGGAGGGGAAUUGGAACUGUCUACUGAUGGCGAUGAUGCCGAAGACAUCACAGAGAUAGCUGGAAUCUUGUGUGGCGAAAGAGUGGAGGGGAUGGAGACGAAUUCAGGACAACAUGAGGCCUCGAAUGGUUCCACCGUGCCUUCUGAGGAAGGAGUGGACAGGAUGGAGACGAGUUUGGAUGACUCUGAGGCUUCCGAUGGCUCAACCACACAGGAUUCUGAUACCGACGUCGAGACAGAGUCAAGUGUUUCUAGUAUAGAGGAACAAGAAGCAGGAUACAGAGCCCACAUCCCUCAACCGGAUCAAGCAGUCUGCAAGGUGCCCAAAGAAAACAACAUGGCAGGAGUGAAGAGCUCUGAUAGGAUGACUUCAGUGAUCGAAUCAACACUUGUGCUGGCUUCAGGUGCAUCGAUGUUACCACAUCCUUCGAAGGUACUCACAGGUGGUGAAGAUGCAUAUUUUAUUGCUUGUGACGGCUGGUUUGGUGUAGCAGAUGGAGUUGGUCAGUGGUCAUUUGAAGGGAUCAAUGCCGGGCUUUAUGCAAGAGAAUUGAUGGAUGGUUGCAAAAAGAUUGUAACAGAGACCCAAGGAGCUCCAGGGAUGAGAACUGAGGAUGUUCUUGCCAAGGCUGCAGAUGAAGCACGGUGCCCUGGUUCUUCCACUGUUUUAGUUGCUCACUUUGAUGGCCAGGUCCUUCAUGCAUCAAAUAUUGGAGAUUCCGGAUUCCUUGUGAUAAGGAACGGAGAGGUCCAUAAAAAAUCAAAACCGAUGACCUAUGGUUUCAAUUUCCCGUUGCAAAUUGAAAAGGGCGAUGACCCUUUUAAAAUCGUACAGAACUACGCCAUCGAUCUACAAGAAGGUGAUGUCAUUGUAACAGCAUCAGAUGGUCUUUUUGACAACGUCUAUGAAGAAGAAGUAGCAGGCAUUGUCUCCAAAUCAUUAGAAGCUGAUCUCAGGCCCACGGAAAUUGCUGAUUUAUUGGUUGCAAGAGCAAAGGAAGUGGGGCGGUGUGGGUUUGGAAGAAGCCCGUUUUCAGACUCUGCUCUGGCGGCUGGGUACCUGGGUUACUCCGGGGGCAAGCUGGAUGAUGUAACUGUUGUUGUAUCUAUUGUUCGGAAAUCUGAGGUUUAAACUAUAAACAAACUCACAAAGUUGAGCGCAGCUCAAGUUUUUGCUACAGCUGCACUCGCUGGCAAAUGCCUAUGAACAUAUUGUGCGUCAUGAGCACACAGCACAAUCCUGGGCUACGCUCAGCCAAACGUGUGUACACUAAUACAUAUACAUACUAUAAGGUUGCAUGAGUAUCUCUUUGAGCACGGCCGCAGUAAGUUGCAACUUGCGAGCCUUUCAAUGAACUUCGUGAUGUACUCAGCGGCAGCGGUAACCAAUUCGUGACUUGUAGCAUUAUUGAUUUCUUGUGCGAAGCAAUGAAAUUCAUGAACA